GUGCAGCGGGUGGGGUUGGGGGGCGUUGUCUGUGUCUCCAUGACAACCCGAGACGCUCUGGGGCUGGUAAACAUGCGGCUCGAGGCUGCCAGGCAGCUGCUAGGGGGCCCUGGAGGGAACAAAACGCCCCGGAGGAGGAACCUGACUGGGUAGGAAACAUCAGAAUUUUGAAAAAAUGAGUGAUGCUGGUGAAGAAAGUUCCAGUUCCAGUGACUCAGAACCAGAAACAGAGAAAGAGGAGCCUAUUUAUGCCAUAGCUCCAUCGAUUAAUAUCCAGGAUGAGGGAUCCAUUGAUGUAGCUGCAAGUCUUGCAUUUCAGUACCUAGAUGAGUUAUUUUCUGCUGGAAAGCUCCCAGGCACCAGAGUUGCUGAGCUGAAGGUGAAGUACACUGCUCUGCAUGAGACUGUGAUAAGUUUACAGGAGUCAGAGAUCCAGCUGUUGCAAGAUGCCAAACGUUUCACUGUAGAAAUAGAACAGCAGCAACAGGCACUGGAAAAAGCUGAUCAGUUCCCAGAAGGAUUUACCAGUGAAGUCUCCAGGAUGAGACAGCAACUUCUUAAAUAUCAGAAUGAAUAUACUGCUAUUAAAGAAAGAGAGUAUGAGCUUCAGUACAAAUUGAACAGUUUACAAGAAGACAAAAGACUUCUGCAAAGGGAAUAUGAGAGAAUCCCCAAGCAAGGUGAGACAGAAAAGAAAAUGAAAGUGGUGAAAGAAAACUGUGAAGAGCUCCGUAAAGAAACAACCCAAAGGAGAAUGGAAAUUAAAGCAUUGAAGGAAGAUGUGACAUCCAAGCAAAGACUGAUGUUAAGAGAACAGAAAGAAGUAGAGGAACUUCUUGAGCAGCAGGAUGACUUAAAAGAUGAGCUAGUCCGCCUUCAUGCCAUUCCUGUGCAGCUUGGAAAAGAAAUGGACAAGAUAAAACGCAAAACAUUAGAUGCAGAGAAGAAGAAAAAAAUUCUUAUUGACCAUGUUCAGGAGUUAAAUGAUGCCCUUAAAAAAGUAGAAAAAAAGAGUGAAGAAGUAUUGGAAGAAAAGAAAGAUGUAAUGAAGGAAUUGGAUGGAAAACGAGCUUUGCUUGAAAGCAAAGAACGAGAAUUCAACCAUUUGACAAAGUUACUAGAAAUGAGCAAAGAGAAUGAAGCAACAGCCCUGGCAGACAGGGCUGUUCUGGAAAUUGGUUUACGUAACUAUCUCUUGGAGAAGCAAAAGCAGCAUGAUAAUCUGAUUUAUAAACAAAGAGAGAAAGAUAGAGAUUUGAGAAAUUUAAAAAAGAUGGAGAUGCAAUUGAAAAUCGCUUAUGAUUCCUUGGAGCAAAUUAAAUUACUGCAUGAGAGGCUCACAUUAGAGGUAGAUGCUAUCCCUAAAGAUGAUGGGACAUUGGUGGAAAGAAGAAGAGAACUUCAAAAAGAAGUUGAAAUUAAUAAGAGAAAUCUGGCCCAGGAGAAAAUGACAACAGAUGUUGAGGCCUAUAUGUUAGAACAAUGUAUUGCUGAAGAAGAUCAGCUUUUUAAGGAGCAGGAACGCUGCAGAGAUGAGUUAGCCAGUCUUGCACGCCUAACUCAGGUCAAGGCUGAUGAGAGGGAACAGAAAUCUAAGGACUUCUUAAAAGCACAGAUAAGGCUCCACAACAUUAUUAAAGAGAUAAAAACAAAGGAACUUGAAAUAAGGGAAUAUAAGAAGAACAAGAAAGAAAUCCAAAGGCAACUCAAAGGAUUUGCUAAAAUGUAUGACAUUAUUCGAAAUGAGAGAAACAAAUGUGUAAACCUGGUGCACACUGCUCGCCAGAAAACAACUGAAAUUAAAGAGAAGGUAAAAAUGCUAGAGAAUGAGAUGGAAAUUUUAAGGAGCAAUGUUGUAAUUAAAGAAAGAAAACUGCAGAAAAACCUUCUGAAGCAUUCAAAUAAUAUUGCAAUUAAAGACAGCAUCCAAAGUGAUGUCUGCAAAGUUAUUGCAACUCUGCAAGAGAUGAAGGAAAAGAGAGAGCAACAGUUACUGGAUGUCGACAGACUCACCAAUAUGCUCACUCACAUUGAAGAGGAAAUGGUGCAGCUACGCAAAAAAUAUGAAAGGGCUGUUUUGCGUCGAAAUGAGAGUGGUGUUUUGCUCAUAGAGCGAGAGGAAGAAGUAUGUAUUUUCUAUGAAAAAAUAAACAUUCAGGAGAUGAUGAGUAGAAAUGGCGAUAUCGAGAUACAAGUCAUGGAUGAAAAGAUCAGAUUUCUGAACCUGAAGCUAGCUGAGAAAAAGAGACAGAUUGAGUUGUCCCUGAAAAUACUGCCAAUGAAGAAUGCCUUGGAUGCAGAUCUGGUGGUACUUCAGAUUCAGUAUUCUCAGUGCAAGGACAGAAUUAAAAGUCUGGAGAAACACUUCGCUGAUCCUGAGGGGAAGAACAGAAAGCGAGUCCUGGAAGGGAAGGACCCAUCACUACCUGAACUGUUCAAAAAGAUUGAAGAGUUAGAAAUACAGCUGGUACAAAAGGAGGAGAAAUUGUUGGAGAAGGACUUUAUUUAUGAGCAAGUUUCCCGGCUAACCGAUAGACUCCGUACCAAGACAGAGAAUGGGAAGGAAGACACACUGAUAUUAGCAAAACGGAUGAAUGAACUACAGCAGAAAAUAAAAGAGAAAACCCAAAAGCUGAUGGCUCUUAUUGCAGAGUUAUCCAUGAAGCAAGCAAUUACCAUUAAACUGCAACAGGAAAUGAGGGACAAAGAACAAUUUUUGCUGACUGUUUCAUCAAGGAUAGAGAGAGGUCUCCCUCCUCCUAAAGAAACAGAGACUGAGUGGCUAAAGGUAUUGCGCAAUGAGGAGAUGCAGAAAGCGGCAGCUGAAGCCAGAGAAAAGCGUGCUGCAGAAAAGGAACAGUAUGCCUCGCCAAACAGUAUCUAUACAACAGCGGAGCAGCGCCCCAAUGCAUACAUCCCAGACGAUGAAAAUGUUCUCCCUUUGCCACGUCCCUAUGGUGCUUUGGCUCCUUUCAAACCAACUGAACCUGGUUCAAAUAUGAGACACAUAAGAAAACCUAUUGUAAAGCCAAUUGAAAUCUGAACAAGUGAUCCUGUUCCAUCUAAAUCAUAAGUCCAGUAGUAGCAAUUGAAUAUGCAAAGCCAACAGCUCAAUAUUGUAAAUGUUUUUAAAUGUUUGCUAGCAGUUUGCCAAAAUAUUCACACUGUAAACAAAGUAUUUUUAAAGCAGACAGUAUAGCUAAAUAGUCCCUGCAGCUAAUGGGGGUUCAGUAUGCAAAACAUAGCAGUGUUUUGAAAUGUUAAGAGGAGUGAACAAUCAUCAAAAUUGGUUUUUAACUUGUUAAUAAAUGCUUAUAAAGUACAAACAGGUACAAUAAACAAGAAGAUUUUGUAGCUUUUUUUAAUAUUAACGUAAUUGAACAAUGACCUUAUUCAUUAUACAAAUAAAUCAAUAUGGGGAACAGUUUGG